AUGAAAGCUAAUAAAUGGAUGCUCCAUACUUCAGAUUUUGAACUUGUGGAAGAAGAAGAAGAAGAAGAAGUUCUAAAUGCACGUGGAAUAAAAAGAAAAAAUCCUCCUGGACGACCAAAGAACCAAAAAGUCGGACGCCAUGGUCGAUAUUUAAGUGUGCUUGAAACAAAAAAUCGUGGUAUAUCAAAAUCAUCCACUAAAACAACAACAAAAAAAAGUUGUCAUUUCAGGUGUUUCUAG